CUCAAAUAUUAGCAUACAAAUCUGCAGAACCUGUAUGUUUGCCAGAGCAAGGGUACUGGCUCUCCAACACCCAAAGCACUGAGAGCAGCACUCUUAGCUGCUCUCAGACAAUUAGCCAAGGAUAGCCCUGUUCUAAGUUUCGAACGUUUCAGGCAUUGAUGUCCAAUUUCUCGGACUCAUGCCAUAUCCCCCUUCUUCACCGGACACCGGACACCACACGCAGCGUACAGUUCUACUGCGGGCCGCCGGAUGACCGUCGGUCGAGCAAAACUUCCUUAUAAACAUCAUCUUCAUUCUGCUGUUCGUAACUUUCACUGGAGCUGGUCUCUAAACUUAUUGUUACUGAUGGGACCUCAGGAUCCUCAUACGUUUAUUCACAGACCUUCAACUCUUCUUCAAACUGUUUUCAUCGCCGCGCUGGUGCUGGUAACCAGUUGUUAUGCGUCUCCACUUUCUCUCGUCCCACCACGUCUAGAACGUACUGCAACCACGGUGUCUGAUAUGGACCUGUCAUUAUACAAUGAUCCCGAUUACGACUACAGCUCCCGUCGAGCUGCCUCAAUGGAUGAGUCAAAUUUUAUAAGCACGGUUCACCCUCGUCAUCUUCAGCUUGAUUCACGCGACCUUGGAUGGUCAAAGGCAUUGGAUAAACUCGCGAUGAAAAUUGAUGGCAUGGCUUUGAUAGGCUAUUCAUAUGCUGAAGAGUUCUUCGCUAAGGAGUUCAGGGGCAGAUUUUUCCCUCUCGAGAAUCUGACGCUUCCUGGAACUGAUCGUCCUCUAUCUACAACUAAUCACCUUUACCUUGUGUCAAAACCGAAUGCACUAGUCAACAAAUUGGAGCUGUCUAUCUUAAUGACUGUAGAACAAGAAUACUAUUUAUUGGACUUGUCCAGUCUAUGCCAAGAAGAGCCGUAUGGAGAAACAAAAACCCCAAUUGGUUUACGAAGAGGAAGGAGAACCUCCAUUAUACACCACUUCAGGCCCACCACCACCUCCGUAUUCUGAAAGCCCAACUGCUCAUGAAAUUAGUCUGGGUGUCAGUCCAGUUUCGAGGGACAGUAAUCGAAUUAUUUUUUUCGAAGAGCAGAAAGUUGGAGUCAUAAUGCGGAUUCCUUGGUAUGA